UUAAGAACUUGUCAAAACAGUCUUCGAGUGGCGGUUUUUUCAUUAUUCUGAUUCUGAUAACGAAGACAUGCUCAUGGGACUUAAUUAACUAAAAUAAGUAAACUCGAAAACUCUAGUUGUCAUUCCACAAAUAUUCGAAAAUGGAUUUAGACGGAGCUGAUUUUCGCAAAUAUAAAAUUAGUGCUCUUCAAGCUGUUUCUUUUACGUUGGUUGCUUCUGAGAGAGAAAUAGACAAUCCAACCAUUUGCAACAAGAGAUGUAUGUUCUCACCUCUGAUGGCUCACCAAGUUUUUGGUGAAAGUGAACUCAUUUUUGGUUAUGAAGGUCUCAGUAUUAAUUUAUAUUACCAUCACAAUUCCUCGAACUGUUUAAUAGACAUCAAGUAUGAUAACGAAGUGACUGUAAUAGAAGUCGAUGAUAUUCCAAAAUUAAUGAAUGAUUGGCUUCCAAGGAACUAUUUCCGUAACAAGGAAGAUUUCAAACAAAUGAUAAAAAACGAAAAGAAUGAUCAAAUGUUUGGGACUGUUAUUCAUCAAUUCAAACGUAAAACUGAAGUUCUGUUUCAUGAGGAUGAACAAGUGGAAUGUACAUAUAAAAUAACACAAAUAGAUACAGAGGAUGAGCUAUUCCAAGAGUAUCACGAAAGAUUUGAAACUUUUAUAAUAUGGUUCAUUGAUGCCGCCAAUUUCAUUGAUUUGAAGGAUAAGCGCUGGUUGAUUUUUUAUAUAUACGAAGAAUUCAUAAUGCCAGGAAGCGGGAAAAAGAUUAUCACUCCAAUAGGUUUUACUGCAAUUUACAAAUUCUUUUCAUAUCCAAAUAGUAAUAGAGCUAGAAUCAGCCAGUUUUUCAUCUUGCCAACCCACCAAGGCAAAGGUUUGGGUACCAUCUUUUAUAAAACUGUUUAUAAUAGAAUAUUGGAAGAUAUGCCAGAAAUCACAGAUUUAACAGUGGAAGAGCCAAAUGAGUUAUUCCAACAGAUGCGCGAUUAUUGUGAUAGCCUUCAUAUCUAUAAGGAUUUAAAGGCUACAGGAGUUAACUUGGCACUAAAAAACGGCAAAACGCUGUUUUCUUAUUUCUCGAAACAUAAAAUCAAUAAGAAGCAGAGCUUGAGAAUAACCGAUAUAUUAGAGUAUCUUAAUGCCUCGCAGAAAGGUUCCUCGGAAAAAGAUGAUUUUGAAGAGAAGAUAUUCCAACGUUUCAAGCUGCAGAAAAUGAACGAAAAUCACGUGGGAAAAAUUGCUAGAGGAUCGAAUAAAGAAAAGAUCGAAACAGAGGAAAUUGACGAAAAUGUGCUGCGGCAAGAGUUGAAAGCUUACCUCGAUCAGUUAACACCUGUUGUGGAAAAAUUGAUUAAAACUUUAAAAACACAAUGAAGGAACGGUUGUUCUGCUGUUAAAUCCAUCUAAAUAUUAUUAUUACUGUUAUUUGUAAUUUAAGUGUAUUAUGUGUAACUUAUGAGAAAAUAAGUCGUACUUUUUGUUAUAUUUUUCUUUUGUACUUAUAAAACCAUGCUAUAGUAAAUAAAA